AUGAUGUUGUAUAGUCCAGCAGCAUCAGUAAUGCUUCUAUUAGGUGACGAUAAACCUCUGCUACUGCCUAGUGAAAUGCCAACCUACCCCCUAUUGUCAAUGGAUACCACUAGUCAAAUUUAUCUCAACCCAAAUAUGUAUCCCCGAUACGAGUAUACCAAUCUGGAUAUUACAAAUUUUCAAUCAUCUCCUGUUCUCAGUCAACCAACUAGUUAUCCAACCUUCGAACCCCACACUCCAUUUCUUCCAGAAAUAAUCCAAGACUCAAAUGAUUCAAAGCAAAAGUGUCGUGUUUGUAAUUUGGACUCUCAUGGAACCCACUUCGGAGUUAUGACUUGCCGCCCGUGUGCCGCGUUCUUUCGACGGAUUGUUGUACUCAAUCUCACUUAUACAUGCGUGACAAAUACGCAAAAAUGCAAUGUCGACGGCCGCGGAAGAAAUGUGUGUCGCGAUUGCCGUUAUAAGAAAUGUCUUGCCGUCGGAAUGACACCAGAUAAUGUCCAAUACAAUCGCGACAGCCACAAUAACAAAAAUCCUUCUGGAUCGAGUGGACGACCCAAAAAUAACAAGCGCGUCAUAAUGACACACGAGGGGGAGGCGGCUGGAAGUAGUACUGUAAAAUCGGGAGAUCCGAUAAGGUUGGACGAAAUUUCUGGUUAUAGUGAUGGCUCUACAUCAUCGACGGGUGGCAAUUCACAGUUAGAUAAGGAGGCGGAGAAGAGGGACAGCGAAGAAAUGGACAAAAUUAUUACCGAUUUGAAAUAUUUAUUUGUAGAAUAUACUCCACCUAAAAUGAUUACUCAAUGUUCAAUUAAUCAACUGCAACGACUUACUCAAGCACUAGUUUUAUAUAGACAGAACCAACAAUCAUCUAAUCAAAUUAAGUUUUGUGAUACUAUCAAUGCGUUUACCGAUGGAAAAUCACAUUUACAACGCGAUCUGAAAAAUUUUCAAAAUGGGUUAAAAAUUGAUACCGUUAAAAUGUCAUUUACUGUUUUCGAUAGGCUCGAAAGAGCUCAAAUGUCUGUAAAAGUGUUUGGUGAAUCUUGUUUUACUGAAAAGAAAACUACAUUAUCCUCAUAUUGUGGAGUUGACUGGCGUACUGUAAACAUUAAUCCAGAAACUGCAAUGAAUACUGAACUUGCCAAUAAUUAUAUCAAAACAGAAUUCCAUGCACAUGUCAAUUCAAUUAUAGAUGAUGUAUGUAAACCACUUUAUGAACUACAACUUUCCGAUACUGAAACCGCAUUCAUUCUAGCACAAGUUCUGGUUUAUUAUGGAAAUGAAAAAGUGACACCUGAAUUAGUGAAAAAGUUCGAUGAACUACGAGAGGUUGUUAUUGCCGAUUUGCAUUAUCAUUACACAAAAGAGUGCGGAAUGGAAGUUUAUACUAAUCGAUUAUUAAGAAUGAUGAAUGUCGUGAAUUCAAUGAAAAAAAUACAAGCAGAUCGUGUCAGAAAAAGUGAACUCGUUCGUAUCUUCAAUAUAUACAAAGUAUCUGAAAAAAGGACGGAUUUCAAUUGCAGUUAA